UUCAAAAUAUUUUAUUUUUAUAAUUCGUCGACUUUACAAAGAUUUAAAAAUUAUUAGACGUCGGCUAACUUCAGUAUCAUAAUUUAAAACUUUUCCCGCUACAUUCAAAAUUGAGCGCAUGUGCAUAAAAUGCAUGCUACCAACAAAAAAAAACUAUAUUCUUUCUUAAAACCAUUUUCUUUCUUCGAGUAACAGACAACUUCGUGAAGUCCAUACUCAAAUAAUACAUAUAAUUUGUUAAUAAAUGGCAAUGGCGUUAGUCAUGAUCGUUAUCAAAAGGUGAUUGUCACUGGUACACAGAAUUGCGAGUAAAAGUUUAUUUUAAAUUUAAAAUUAAUCCAAGAAAAAAAAAUAAUAAUAAAUGUGAUACGUGAGUUAUUGAAUAUGAGGAGUGUUAAUUUUUUAAAUGUCAUUACGACAAUUUAUUGUUUAACAUGGCAAGGUACAGCCUACGGUGGUUAUGUCAAAUUGACCCACGAUGGACCAACAGUACAAGGUGGUAUUAUAACUUUUCAAGCAGAUCUUUAUUACAGUGACGGUACCAGACCUUCUGGUACAUUUGUUUACAUAUGGAGAGAUGACGCAGUCCCAUCUCACCGAUAUGAGUCACCGAUAACGUCAAAUACCACAAAUAUUUGGAGCGUACAAUAUCCAGCAGAGUUAUAUCCAGUUGGAGAAUAUACUGUUGAAGUUAAAGUAGAACGUAAAGUAUUUCUUUUCUGGCCGGAAAUUACAAGUCAGCAUCGAACGUUUGAAAUAACUCCUCUCCUUAAUGGUAAUAUAACAAUAAAACAAUCUAAUAACACCCUGACAAGUGAAUAUGUAUCGUCCGACUCAGAAGCGGAAGUAGUGAUUAAAUUACGUAAAGGCGACAUUGAUUAUAUUGAAGCGAAUGCUACUGAGAUAACUACUUUUUGGUUUGUCGACUGCAAAUAUUAUGGGCAAAGUAAUGAUUAUACUUUUCAUUAUAACUUUACAAAGCCAGAAACUGUGGCGUCAUUAGAAGCACUGGUGGUUGCUUCGUAUGAUCCUCCUACGACUAUUCCACAUCCGACAACAACACCAGCAACAACAACAACAACAACUACCUCAGCACCACCUUCAAAUGGAACCAUUCCUUCAAAUAGUACUACCAGUAACACGACCACGACUACGACUACUCCUAAACCAAUCACGACAACACUUAAACCAGCAGUGACAACUCCAAGCACGAACUCCUCGACAACUCCGUCAACCGACGGGUCUAGUAUUGACUAUAAAAAUAUUUCAUUGCCAUACGUUUGUGUAAAUACGUCCUUAGUAUCGCCGGAUCCUAAGAAAACAUACGGAUAUUUUCAGAGAGAAAUUAAAGUCAGAGCUCCGAUUAAAAAUAUAACUGUUGAAGGAACUAAUUGGAUAAAGCCAUGGGAUCUAUUGUCUUUAAAUGUCACGUGUCAUGGAUCUGGUCCCUUUUAUAAAUGUCUUGAGUACCAUCGCGGCAAUUAUAAUAUAACUGGGAAUGAAACAUGCGAUAACGGCGAACUGCUUAACUCUUGUAAUUUUUCCAUAAGUCAUUAUUUCUUAGAUCCUAAUGUUUAUACAAUAAUAAUGAUACUUAAGAAUGACGUCAGUGUGCACGUUUAUCCAUUAACUAUUAACAUUUAUGAAGUUACGACAAAAGCUCAGUUAUCGGUAAUUGUCGUACCAGUAUCCUGUACACUGGCUGCUGUGGUAUUAAUAGUAUUUGGUAUCGCAUAUUAUCUACAAAGUCGAGCACGUUUUAAUGUUGAAGUUGCAGACUUUGAUUUCGGUCAAAGUAAUCCAGAAAUGGAGUACAAGACAUUCACUGAACGUCUACGUGAUUCGUUUAAUAGCACCGUAAGCGAUGGAUACCAAAAAUUAAAAAUAACAUCACCCUAUUAUGGGAGCAUGAACUGAUGGAAAUUAUUUUAACAUCAUAAUUAACGCAUGAGGUUACAAGCAGUUGGGUGAUCCAAAAACUAUGCAAAAUUAAAUCCAAGAUUUAAUUCAAAACCUCAAGACAAAGAUGUUAUUUUAAAGAAGCAAAGAUUAUUUACACAUAGAUUUAUAUUAUAUUACACUAUAACAGUCGACGAAAUGUUUAUUUUAUAUUUUUCCAUGAAUUUACAUUAACUGACCCAUAUGAAAAAACAUCGUUCUAAAAAAGUUUAUGACAGUGAACUUACAAAUUUGAGGCCAUUCUGAACUUUGAGUUGAUCAUUUUUAGAACUUUCAAAAAAUUGAAUAUAAAAAUUUACCUCCAGUCCUCGUUCUUACAAAGAGCCAAAAAACUUUCAUAAUUCAUUUUAAUUUUUGCUUAAAAAUUUAAAAAAAAGUACCUGGAAAGUACUCACCUAAGUAGCACAGAGACAACUUUAAGAUGUCUUUCGAAAGGACAGCAAAUUUUACUUUCUUUCUAAGCCAAGUUUUCUUAAAUAAAUAAAACGUACAGAUGUCGGUUCUAUACUGGGAGAAUUAUUUAAUAAAUUUUACUGGUUAAUUGUGAGUAAAACUGAGCCAGGAUAAAUGAUUACUCUGCUGUUUCUAAAUAGUCUUCAACUAUAGACUUAAAAAAACUCAACUUUGGGUAAUUUUUAAAUAAAGAAGAGUAAAAAAUAAAACAAAAGGAAUUAGUUUUUAUUAGUCCCUUAAUUAUUUUGUUUUAUGGCCUAGGUUUGCUCUAAAUUGUAGGGUAAAUUUUAUCCAAAAAUUCUUUCCAUGUAGAAGUCAGAAGAUUUUUAUUUCCCGUCUUAAAAAAGUCAUUUCAAUUAAAAAAUUGUUAAGUCUUUUAAGCAGAUAUUUUUUCGGUGACAUAAAUUUUUGAUUUUGUCACCAUUUUGGUGCCUUAUCAAUAGCUCAAAAAACUGUUAUAGAUGUCACAAAUCCAAGUGCACUUUCGGUUAGUUGAAAGCUUAUUUACUCUUUAAUAUUUUCAAAGUUUAAAAAUAGAUCAACUCAAAAUUCAGAAUCGUCUUAAAUAUGGAAGCUCACAUUAAUAUUUUAUGAAAAUUUUUUGAACGAAUUUUUUUACACGGGGAAUCUCUAUUCCAAUGAAACAUUAUUAAUGACAUUUACUUUUAAUAUUAUAUUUAUAUUUUUAAAAAACACUGUUGUAAUGUUUCGUAGGCUGUGAAUUUAAUUCGAUUGCGUUACGAUUUACAUUAGAAGAAACAAACCUGGCGGAUUCCAAAUACAGUUAAUUACGAUAAUUACCGUAAUUUACUGCAUUUUUAUCGUUAAAUCGGUAUUUCUACGACAAAUUUCCCGCAUUUUACGCUAAUUUAUGGCAUUUUUACCGAGUAUACUGUAUGCUUUUUUAUUUUAACAGUGCAAUACUGUACUUUAUAUUAAAAUACCGUAGGAUUGCCGAAAUUAGCCGGUAAAUUCUGAUCCUGAAGUUAAUAGACAAUUAGUAAUUUUCGAAUUUUUUUUUUCAACAAAUCAAUUAUUAAAAAAAAAAAAACUAAAAAUAUGCACAUGGAGAAAAUUUAAAAAUCUGCAGGUGCAAUUUUUUCAAAUAUUUAAUUUUUUAUGAUUUAUUACUUAAAAAAAAAUCUCAAAAUUAUUCGACGUCAGCUAACUUCAGUAUCAUGGCAAAUUACCGGUUGUUCACCGCAAAUUUACUGUAAAAUGCCUUAAUUACCGCAAAAUGCUGCAAUUCACCGUAAAAUGGAAUUUUUCCCACUACCGUUCAUUACGGUAAUUACUGUAAUUUGAAUCCACCAGGGAAAAAAUUUUUACGCUUUCAUCAUCGUCUACAAUAAUAGAAUUUUUUUUAAAAAACUGAUUAUAAUUAUGAAUUUUUUUUUAAAUAUAAUUUUUAAUUACAGAGUAAUAUAUAAUUUUUUUAAGACGUAUUGGUAUUAUGAAGACGUAAUAACAAUAAAAUAAUUGUAAUAAUGCUUCACUUGUGUACAUAAGUCCAGUAUUGAAGUAAAAAAAAAAGGUGUUGAAAUAUUUAACAUGUAUUGUAUAUAGAUAAAUAAACGUAAUUAUUUAAUUAUA